AUGAAGCUCGUCUAUGAGACUGAACUUAUGAGAAAUCAGAAACAGGCACAGCUGUUCUCGCCAUCUGGCUCGUUUCAAGUCAUUCAGACAUCUGCCGGAUAUGCUGUUUUCUUCUUCAUUGGUUCGGAUGGUGCAUUUCAUGCGGCUCGCGAGGCUCCUGACACUCCCACGGGCUGGACCAGGAAGGAACUCCCGAGUUCUAUUGCAAGCACUCAUGGAAGGGAGACCAAGCCCGACCAAGUGGUGAUCGCGGACGUCUUCAUGAUGAACACUCCUGGUCGGAACAAUACCAAUAUUCAGAAUUACUUUGUCGACAUUCAACGGGCGCCGUUCAACUCCUUGCAACUUCUGAGUCGUUACUACAUCAAGCCGGACUCGAAUCCUUGUUGGGCUCGCCAUUCUCUCGCCAUGGAGCUCAAGGUUCCCGGAAUCUACACCCUGGGGGCUGUGGGCGGACCCAGUGGAAAAGAGAAGGUCGAUGCAGCUCCGCCGGAGCGGGAUCAGCUCAUCUACACGCCUCAGUCGAGCCCUUUAAAUCCUGAGGUGGACCCGAAUCCUUCACGGCUGAACCUGCCUGAUAAUUCUAGUAUCCAAUUUACCUGCAUCGCUUCUGUGCCCAACAGCCAAGGUGACACGAACCUUUUCGGAGCAAGCCCAAAGAAAAUUAUCGGCUCGAGCGAGACUUUCAAGGACGUCAAAAGACUUUCUGCAGCAAGUGUUAACUCGACGACAACGGUCUGGGCUUCGAAUGAUCAGGGGGAGCUGUUCUACUUCUCGUGCACCUCGUGCACUGCGGGUAAAGGGGAUCAAUCAGAACCAUGGUCCACUUCCCCCCCCCAAAUUCUGGUGCAAGUCAGCCAAUUCUCAGACUAUCUAAAUGGCGAUAACUCAAGCAAUGCCAUCUUCGUGCAAGAUCCAACCACAAGCGCCUGUUCCACCACCCGUAUAGUCACCGCCGAUGAUCUAGGCCGGACCGUUCCUGACAUUGCUUUGGCAAUCUCAUCAUCGACCUAUAUGUCUUUCUACGUCAACAACGUUUAUUACGCUCUUACCCCGAACAAACCACUGGAGUUUCGAUCUGAUGAGACGGGUGAGAUCACAAUUGUCUUGGAAUGUGACAGCUUUGAAAUUGCACCUUUCACUGUGGCACUCAAAGGGGCCGCGGUGGCACCGGUUAUCGUGGAUCCUCUCAUCAAGGCGAAGGCGAAGUUGCUUACCAUCAAGGACGGAAACAAUCUGUCAAAAAUAGUGAUCAAACUCGAGGAUGGAACCACAAAGCCUUUACUGCCGUCGACCGUGACCGAGAAGCAUAGAAAAAAGGCAGCACAAACCCUGGUACAGCUUGGCGAAGAGUCUAGAGCUUGUGGUGGAGAUGGGCACCAGACUUUACAAUGCCGUGGUGGACACGGCACAAGCACUUGUGGGAGUCAUGCAGGUCGUGUCACUGAAUUGGCUGGUAUGAAACCCACUGCACGCACCACAGCGACUGUUUUGGACGGUCCCAAGUCGAGCAAUUCCGGUGGCCCACAAUCCAACUGGGGCACAUAUCACCUCAAAAACGGCGCGGAUGCCUCUAAGGCGGACUACACACCGUCCACCAACAUCAGCAACGUCGUUGACCAGUUCAAGGCUGACGUCACGGACCACCUGUCGGACUUGGACCCCGUGGAUGCCAUCAAGAAGACAUUGGCGCUUUGCAACGUCGUUUUGCUGAAGACCGCGAAGAAAGUGCUGGUUCCCAUUCUGGAUCUAAAUAAGGAAAUCCUCCAGGCUGUGCUUGAUGGCGUUGAUACCCGGAUAGAUAUUCCCGUCAUCACUUGGUUGUACCAAAAGGUGACCGGCCAGAAGGAAAUGCCUGUUCUGGAUCUGUUUAGUCUCCUCUGCGCUAUUCCAUCGACGAUCGUUUACAUGCUGAGUCUGAUGAGAAAGGGCUCGAACGCAUCGGUGAUGCAAGCGAAGAACCACAGCACCAAGGAUUACCGGAGGAGGCCAAGAGUGAUCGUCGCCAUCGCCAAUAUCGCGACUCUCCCCGGCUUCUUUGUCUCGAUAAGAACGGCUGAUCAGAAUGGAAAGGUCCCACCAGGAACUCCUAUAUCCUGGCAAAGCGCCUUAUUUCAAUUACUCGUCGACAUCGUGUUCGAUUUCCCCUGCUACGCGUGGUCCAUCACAGAGACUGAAGGUGACGAGAUGGAUUGGCCUUAUAUAAUCAACGCGACCGUUUCCACGUUCAAUUUCAUCCUUCGAGCCGUGAAGACUCGAACGCCGUCGCGGGUCCGACGGGCGGUCAUCGAUGCUGGUUUGGGGAUCGCCUAUCUCAUUGCAGAUGCGGGCUACUUUAUACGUCUGGAAAAGGCCAAGUCUAGUGACAUUGCGGCACUCGUUUCUGGAGGUUUCGUGUCGGCAUCGGUGCUCCUGGAGGUGUCUGUGGCCGUGGGCGAGAAAUUACCCAAUCCAGUUGUGCAAGCAGCCGCAGAGAUCGCCGCAGGGGUAGAAUGUCUCUGUCAGGUGGGAUAUACCAGCAGUGCUAUUGUCACGGCCCAAUAUACUAUUAAAGAGAUGUCGUCAUGA